AUGAAGUUCACCUCCGGUCUCAUCCUCGGCACUGUCGCUCUCGCCGCUACGCUCGUUCGCGCGGACGCCAGUCUGCCCGACAAGCUGCAAGUCGGCGUCAAGUAUCGUCCGGAGAAGUGUGAUGACAAGUCACAGGCUGGCGAUCUGCUGUCCAUGCACUACACCGGCACACUCGCCGACGGCAAGAAGUUCGAUUCGUCGCUGGAUCGUGGUCAGCCAUUCGAGUUCACACUCGGAACCGGUCAGGUCAUCAAAGGAUGGGACAAAGGCCUCCGGGACAUGUGCGUCGGCGAAAAGCGCAAACUCAAGAUCCCCCCCUCCGACGGCUACGGCGCUUCCGGCGCAGGUGGCGUCAUCCCCCCCAACGCCCAUCUCAUCUUCGAAGUCGAAUUGCUCGAGAUCAAAGGAGCCCGUGCAGCCGCCCGCUCCUCCUCCUCGCACGGUGAACUCUAA